CUUAGUCCCGUCUGCCUGCCUUUGGCACUAAUAAUGGAGGCGCCGAAGCAAAUCUUGCAUCCCGUCACCCUGUCUUUUUCUUGCAACUACACCAAUACCGCAAUUCUUGGUGUAAUAAGCACACCCCCAGCCACACUUCCACGCACACCCCUCAGAGCAAACUUGUCCCCCACCCGAGAUCCGGGCAAAUCCAAGCCUGGGCCCGAUGCUUGGCUGGUUUAAAUACUUGGGUACAUACUCAGCGGUAGCCUGGACUAUGAUUCUAUUUGACACCAUCUUGAAGCUGUAUAUAUAAUUGCAACCAUCAUCCGUCACAGUCAACCUUGCAUCCUAGUAUCCCAUCCGCCUCUGCUCACCAACACAAAUCCCCCAGCUACAUCCAUUUUUAAUCUUCUCUAUAUAUUUCCACCCCAUCUUUUCAUCACAAAUCAAAUACCAUCAUGGGCUCAUCUAGCAAAUCAUCAGGUUCAGGAACAACUCGCAGGUCUCCUGGCUCUGGAAGACGGUCAAAGGAGAUCAAGGAGAUUGACUGGUCCAACGUUACAGACCCUGACGAGCGACGAAAACUCCAAAAUUGUCUUGCACAGCGUAAAUUUAGACAAAAAGUCAAAGACAGUAAAGAGAGAGAGGAGAGGGAAGCACGAAACGUUGCCAAUGCUGGCAACAGCUAUCGUAUCCCCACGUCAGAAGGAAUCACAGACAGCCCGGUAUUGUCCGGUCUCCCUUGGGGUGGCGUGGACUUGAAUUUAGUCAUAUCACGCGGUCAUGAGGUAGAGAGUCGGCGAAGCAGUGGCCAGGAUACCUGCAACGGCGACGACGCACGCACAAUCAGUCAAUACAGCUUGCAGAGCUUGUCCCUAGCACCACCCAAUCCCUAUCUUGGCUUCGAUACCAGCCAAGGGGUCGAAGAGAUGAAUUACGAAGAUCCAAAGUACUUAUAUGGAACUCCUAUCUUUUCACAUUAUAGCCCGUGAGACUAAGACUGGUUUUAGUCGCAAAAACACAUCCAAGAAGCGCGUAUAGAAAUCUGGUGCGAAGUUCUGUUUUUUUAAAGGGCAUAGCUUAUGUAUUCGUGCCCAUCAUUGGUUCUGAUUUCUUCUUCCUUUUCUCAUUACUCUACGCAGUAUUUCACUUGUUCAGCAUUUUAGGUCAGUGGGUGCACACGCAUUAGACGUUUUUAUACCAUGAGCGUUUGGGUCUCUUUUCUUUUAUUCAUUUGGCAUUUUUGUUAUAGACUAUUGGAAGAAUUGAUAAUUAAUUGAAUAACGUACACGAUUCAAACCAAACUAGCAAUAUGUUUUUUUGGCCUUUACCGUCUUCACCUCCCACUCUCAUCUGUGGACAAAAGCGGCGCAUUCUCACCCUCGGGUGUUCUGGUCUCCAGCAAGGGCGUGAGCGGCCGCGGAACACGCGUGGCUAUUGAUCGAGUCCGCCAAUUAGACUCCACUUGGUACCGCCCCGGGGAACGAGGCGUGUGCGGUGUAUCACCACUGGCCGCCGUGAGUCAAGCGACGGGCGUGAGCCUUGCAUGUGUCCCUCCUAGUGCUUCGUUUUUGUGACCCCAAAGCUGUUACUUAAAUUUCAGGGACCAGUUUUUCUAUAGCGCUGCCGGGGGGCCGCGCAGACCCGGGACCAAUUCGGCCAAACUUCAGCUCUCGAGGCUAUGUUCCGCGUGGGCAGCAUCAGCUUGCAAGGCUGGUCAGGGACGAUAAGACCAAGAGCAGUAAGUGAUGCACAACAUAAAAUCACACAAAAGAGAUCCCCCCUAUUACAAGUAGCGGCACUUUGUGGUACGCCUUGCAGGUGGUGUCGCUUGUGCAUUUCCGAAAGGGUACGCUAACCAUGCGCCGCACUCACUACCGGUUUGGGCGUUCGAGGUGUAUGGAGCCCGAUGCAAGCCAUGUAACGGUAAAAAAAGCUAUAUUAAAAUAAGUCAAAUUACAUGAUGAAGUCUGCCUCACGGCGGAUAAAAUGGCAACUCCUCCAACGUUUUGCUAAAAGGGUUGGCGGCUUUCCAAAACCGAAGCCGAGGGCCGAAGCCGCCCCGUUCAUAAUCAGCUCCUACUGGAUUUAAGGAUAUUGGGGGCCGGGAAUAACACGCCCCUCGAUGCGAGAGCCGUUUUGCCCACUUGCCGAGAAACAAACUCGCUUGGGCGCAGAUAUGAGGACAGCGGUGCCAAAUAAUAAAGUGCAUUUGUCGCCUAGAAAGGCAAAAAAGGAUACAGUUUGUUUUUUCAGCCCUUCCAAACUCUGUGUAAUACGCAGCAGCAUUACAAAGCAGGCGUCGCUGUGGUGUAAGAUGACGGUCGCCUCGGAAGUUGUCCGAGCGCUGAGAAUAGGUGACUGACGUUUUGUGCCAGGCUGUGAAGAUCACCGACGCAGGGGGCGAUAGGGCGGUAAAUUUACACAGCACAUGAGCGCGGCGCCCUACGGCGGCGUACGCUAACAAAGGGCGGUAGUCGGAACUGAACGGAAAAACAAAACCAAAAUAAUGUAUGAAACAGCGGUAGUCAUCAUUUCAAUCGUUUAAUCAUAAUAGACAGCCUUGUCUACCGCAGUUGCCCGAAAACAGGCGGUAUUGAGACACCAUAGAAGAAUAGGGCCGAGUGCAAGGCUCAGCACAGACAUGGGGGUGUGGCCGGAAGAGCCAGCUCCUGAGUGUUCGAUGUCGUCUUUUCUCUCCCCGGUUUCAAAUGGCCCAUAGUGCUAAUCUUGUUCAGCGGGAUAUUCCAGUUCUGCCUUGUCUGGAAAAGUGGCACAUCCAGUUGAAGCACAACCCGAUGUAUACGAAUUGUGGAGGGUGGGAGAGUUGGCGGCGGGCAUGAGAUGGCGGAUAGGGCUGACGUAUGCCCGGCCUUAAAUUCACGAAUGGCAAAGCUAAAGGUGAUGGUCAGUUGGUAUUCACGGUGGCUGUUUUAUGGUUACCGUCGCUCGCCUAUCCUGGGUGCAUUCAAUCCGCCAAACUCGUAUUUUUUGAGUCAAGAAUCAAAGUGCACCGCUCUUGACUACGUGCUGCCAGCGCACAGCAGCCGCUAAGCUCGUCUAUGAUGGUGUUUCUCGACUACAAAACGGGGGUGUGAAACUAAAACGCUGCUCUCGGGCAAAUUGGCAGAUUUAUAUGCCGUAGAACCACGAUGUUGGCCAAUCGCUGCCUUUGGCUCUAUAGCUGUGAGCCUUAGGCUUCACUACACAAUGGACGCGCCUCAAAACCAGAAGGUGGAGGUGUAAAUAAUACUUUCGUAUUCUUCAA